UACUUUUUUUAUUUGUCCUCAGGAGGAAACACCAUACCCAUUGUUUAAGGCUUCACAUUUCCAAAAGCUAUUCAAAUUUUCAAGCUUUGAAUCAAUCAAAAUUAAAUAUAACUCGUGGCUUUGAAUCUGGAAAAUAAAAAACAACCCAUUGAAUAUCAUCCCACCUUCCAUAUUUUUUCCCAUUUCAGACCUUUUAUUUCUUUAAUCCUCCAUUCUCCUAUUGAUUUUGAUUAAAGAAUUCCACGACUGCUGCUCUGUUCAUCUGUUUUCUUCCUGCUUUUUAGCCACGUAUUUGAAGAUUCAAGCUUGGACCCAUUUCUUUAUUGUGCAUAUAUAAGCACACACGAGCACUCCAUAGUCCAUUGUCAGUAACCAAUCCCACCCAUUUACUGAAACAGAGAUUGCCUUGUUUGGUUUUGAUUUCCUCUCUUUUUCUGAGACGACUGAUUCUUGAUCACAGGAGCCUUCUUAAGAUCAAACUCAAUUAGGAGUUCGUGAAAAUCUAUGGGUUUAUCGUUUUCAUUGCUUUAUUCAGCCUGGAAAGAAAUCGUUCGACGCAGCUUCUCUCGUUUAACCUACAGCUUUAGGUUCAGUCUUAAGCAUGGUGUUAUCCCCUUGAGAGCAGAUAGCUUCAAGAACUCUGAUACAGAAACCAUGACCAACCCAGUCAAGAACAACACAAGAAGAAGCAAAAAUUCUAUAAACUUGAAGAAUUUCAAACCCGAUAACGUAAUGCUUGACAGGAGUUUAUCAUUCAAGAGUCUAGUUCAAGACAAAGGCAACUCGGGUUUAGAUGAAGAUGAAUCGGUUCGUAAGCCAAUGCCAGCCGUUUUUCUUCCUGAACCGGCGAUUUUGUUCUCGCCGAGGCCGGUUAGUGAGCUUGAUGCUGCUGCAGUUAAACUUCAGAAGGUUUACAAGAGCUACAGAACUAGAAGAAACCUUGCAGACUGUGCAGUUGUUGUUGAGGAGCUCUGGUGGAAGGCUUUAGACUUUGCAGCUCUCAAGCGAAGUUCUGUAUCAUUCUUUAAUGUUGAGAAACCUGAAACUGCUGUUUCCAGGUGGGCAAGAGCGAGGACAAGAGCCGCCAAGGUGGGAAAAGGUUUAUCCAAGGAUGAAAAGGCUCAAAAAUUAGCUCUACAACACUGGCUUGAAGCUAUUGAUCCUCGCCAUAGAUAUGGCCACAAUUUACACUUGUAUUACGAUGUCUGGUUUACAAGUGAGAGCACACAACCUUUCUUCUACUGGUUGGAUGUUGGAGAUGGCAAGGAAGUGAAUCUAGAGAAAUGUCCAAGAACUGUUCUACAACGACAGUGCAUCAAAUAUCUUGGACCAAAAGAAAGGGAAGCAUAUGAAGUAAUAGUUGAAAAUGGAAAACUUGUCUAUAAACAAAGUGGAAAACUAGUGGAUACAGUUGAGGGUUCAAAAUGGAUAUUUGUACUUAGCACAACAAGGUCUUUGUAUAUUGGGCAGAAGAAGAAGGGUACCUUUCAGCACUCCAGUUUCCUAUCUGGUGGUGCCACCACUGCAGCUGGAAGAUUGGUUGCCCACAAUGGAAUCCUCGAGGCAAUCUGGCCAUACAGCGGUCACUAUCACCCAACAGAAGAAAACUUCAGGGAAUUUAUCAGCUUCCUUCAGGAAAACCAUGUAGAUCUCACAAAUGUUAAGAAGUGUGCAAUUGAUGAUGACACUCCUUCAAAUGUGGUCUCUGAAGAAGAACAAACGCCAGAGCCAAUAGCCGAUCCUGCUUCUGUUUCUGCUUCUCAACCCAACAGUGCAAAUAAACCUGAUAUGGAUUUGUCGACUAAGGAGGCUACAACCACAACUGUUAAUGCACCGCGAGAACAUAACACUAACAAUGCCAACAUCAAGGCAACUGUUCUUGAUUGGCCUGAACGCUUACCUUGCAAGUGGACCACUGGGGCUGGGCCCCGUAUUGGUUGUGUGAGGGACUACCCUACAGAGCUGCAAUCAAGAGCAUGGGAACAUGUCAACUUAUCUCCUCGAGUGCCUCCUGGGACUUUCAACAACUAUGGUCCAAUCCCAUCUCCACGCCCCAGUCCACAGGUCAGGGUCUCCCCAAGGCUUGUAUACAUGGGGAUCCCUAGUCCCAGGACCCCAAUUCCUGUAAACUGAGUCAUGCACUGCCGGUGCUCGAUGGAUUGUCUAAAUCAAUACGGAUGGAUCAAGGGAUUAACACCUUUCUUUUUUUUUUUUUUUUUUGUCGAGUUCUUUUCCCUCUUCAUUUAUUACUUCAUUCUUUUGAAAUGGCUUAACUGAGCCAACUCUUCUGAUAAUUUAACCCAAUUCAGCCCCUGUUUUUAGUGUUGGGUUUUGUAUAUCUUUCUUGUAUACAGAGCAUUGAUAUAUUAUUCAUCAUCAA